CGUCUGGAAUCCCGAGAGUUGGCGUUCAACAGCUGCAGUCGUUGUGGGGUAGUGCGAAUUCUAACGGAUAUUCAGGUGCAAGACUGAAGUAGUUCGUGGGUGGUGCGAUUUUCUUCAGAAGAAAGUGUUCGGUUAAACAAAAGAAAAAGUAUCAAGAUGGUGGCCUUUGUGGAACCACAUUUCGAAGCCUGGAAGGCAGCCGGUGCCGGCAACGCUACAGUGGUAGACAGCGCUUCGCCGGAAAUCUUGCACCUGAUCCAUCCGCACUGGAACCAGUUCCCUCCGAUGAAUCCGCUGUGGCACUCAAUGUUGGGCUUUGCCAUCUUCGUCCUCGGCCUAGUUUCGAUCCUCGGAAACGCCUGUGUGAUGUACAUCUUCUCGAACACCAAAGCUCUCCGCACCCCAUCCAAUCUACUAGUGGUCAAUUUGGCCUUCUCGGACUUCGCAAUGAUGUUUACUAUGGGGCCACCGAUGGUGAUCAACUGUUAUCACGAGACCUGGUACUUUAGUGCCUUCGCCUGUGAACUGUACGGUAUGCUGGGAUCACUGUGGGGUUGCGCCUCGAUUUGGACCAUGACUAUGAUUGCGUUUGAUCGAUAUAAUGUCAUCGUGAAAGGUUUGGCAGCUAAGCCCCUCACAAACAACGGAGCUAUUUUAAGAAUCCUUGGUAUCUGGCUGUUCUCGCUAUUCUGGACUUUGGCGCCGUUCUUCGGAUGGAACCGAUAUGUCCCGGAAGGCAACAUGACUGCAUGCGGAACCGAUUACCUGACCAAGGAAUGGCUGAGCCGAUCUUACAUCCUGGCUUACUCCGUUUGGGUCUACUUCCUACCCCUCUUGACCAUCAUCUACUCGUACUUCUUCAUCUUGAAGGCUGUAUCGGCUCACGAAACUCAGAUGCGAGAACAGGCCAAGAAGAUGAACGUUGCCUCGCUGCGAUCGUCCGAAGCCAACCAGACUAGCGCCGAAAUCAAGCUGGCCAAGGUUGCCCUCGUUACCAUCUCGCUGUGGUUUAUGGCCUGGACCCCAUACUUGGUCAUCAACUACACCGGAAUCUUCGACGCUGCUCCGAUCACCCCUCUGGCAACGAUUUGGGGAUCGCUCUUCGCCAAGGCCAACGCCGUCUACAACCCGAUCGUGUACGGUAUCAGCCAUCCGAAGUAUCGCGCCGCCCUGUACAAGACCUUCCCAUCGCUGGCCUGUCAGGCUGAGCCGGCGGCAGCCAAUGACAACCAGUCGACUGCAUCGGCCGCUACAACCGACGCGGAGGAGCGGGCCUAAGCUAAGUUGGAGGUGUUUUCGCGUAUGACAUUUCUAGUUACAUAUAGUAGUUUUAUAAAUACACAAGCAAAGAAAUAUAUAAA